AUGGAUGUGGAACUGAUAGAAAGGGUUGAGAAAGGGCUUCCUGUCGCACACCUAGUCGAAGCCAUGUUGGAAAGCAUCCCCCAACUAUGUCUACAGCUCUACAUCGUCAUCUCUACAGGUGAACAGGUCAGUGUCCUGAAGGUCAUCACCAUGGUGGCGUCACUGCUGGCAGCGGUCAAGGCUGUGGUCACAGCUUGGUACUUUAACAGCAUCAAUAAGGCAGACAGGGCAUUCAGCUGUGGAUUUGUGACAAGGCUCAUCCUCCUCACCCUAUGGAAAGUGGUUGAACUCAGUACCCGUGUACUGGCUGUAGGGCUGUUCGCCUCUGCCUUUAAACCAUGGAUCGCCCUCCCCAUUGGAGUACACUGGCUGAUAAUGACAGUCACUCUCAUAUGUAUAGAUGAGAACUGUAGAACCUGCCCAGGUAUGAUGUUCGCACCUCUAUUCAUGGCCGUGGACACCUUCAGCACGAUCUUCUCUACGAGCCACAAGCUUACCUUCUGGCUAAACACCGUGCUGACGUUGCUAGGUAACAUCACCAUGGUGACGGUGUGGUACACCCUGAAGACAGGACAGGACUGGUAUGACGUCCCGGCCCUGGUGGGGGAAGUGGUUGGGUCGGUAGUUUCUGCUGGGUUAGGGUUGAUCGAAAUGGUGUUCUUGGGAAAGAUAGAGUUCCCCUUUUCAUCGUGUUGUAAAUAG